AUGGCGAGACGACGGUGCAUCGUUCUCGCCAUGACCGUGGCGAUGGCGGUGGCGAUGGCCGGUGAAUCCACCACCACCAGGGAGCAGGACGAGAUCAAGGACAGGCAACUUCAGCGGAACAGAGAGAGUCAUAUCAUUUCCAGACUUGGAGGGCCCAAGUAUCAGCUUGGGUCCGAAGAGCUCGACGGAGUUUGCACUUCCUUGGACGGGCCUCGUUGCGAUCCAGAUGAAAAGGCAAGACACCUGGCUCAGGAGCGAGCAAGAAUUGCAGGCACCAACUCACGUCCAGAUGGAAGCAGAAGCACAACAGGCACGCGAGUGAAGACAGUUCAAGAGUUCAAAUUCGAAAAUGGGAAAGAAGUGCGCAAAUCCGUGGAGAAAACUCUACACUCCGACGACUCUGAGCCAUUGGUGAUAUUCAAGACCAUCUCUGCUGGUGAAGACCUGAAUAAAGUGAUAAGCCAAGUUCAAGCAGAGAUAAGUGAUGCUCUCAAAGAAUUGGAUGGAGACACGGCGGGGCGUGAGUCUAAAACAUCGAAAUCGAAAGUUCAGAAUGAGCAUCAGCACCAAACGCAAGAGAAAUCUGUGAGCAAGCAAACAGAUCAAAAGGAUCAGAGAGAUCUAGACACAGUGCGAGAAUGUGGCCAACACAAGACUUUGGCGGAGAGCUCGCUGAACCAUGCAACCGAGGAACACAUCAACAUUUGCAAGCACAACAGAAAGCUUUAUCGAUGCACCAAGACCGAUGGGAAUGCUCUGGCGAAUGAUAGAAUUGGUCUUCUCAAGGAAUCGUGUCUGGACCCUACCUUCAGUGCGAAAGAAUGUGACGAAGGAGAGAGGCUUUGUGAGCUUACGUCUCCUUCUUCGUUUUCUCAAUUCUCUUCACCAGAGCCUUGCACGUUCGAGUACAAGCAAGGAUUUGUUCCCGAUGACCCCCGACAAGAUAUUUUCAUAGCAGCAAACAAGCUAUCCACCCCCUCAACUCCAGUUACAGUGUGGUUCAAGAAGAUAACCUACACUGAUCCUAAAUGUCCCGAUCCGACGGCGCGAAGAUUUGACUACCUGAAGACUCUGAAGCCCCAGGCGUUGGCGUGGCUCAGACAUGAGCUACUUGAUCAGGUUGAAAACUUACAUUCGUACUUUGCCUUCGAGUGA